CUUCCAAACAAUCUUUCAACCGAUUACAAUUUCCCAAGCAAAGGGAAAUUCCUUGUUCCCUUCCAAUUCGAUCCUGCAUUCAAUACUCUUUGAGUCCAAAGCACACCCUUUCACAGAAAAAAUUAUACUAAACUGCUGAAAAUGUUGGUGACAUUGAAGGGCUCGCAUAUGGUGAAACCAACAGAGCCUACUAGUGGUAACCUAUCACUCUCAGAAUGGGAUCAAAUUGGCACCAUCAAUCACGCCAGCAUAAUAUACUUCUACCAAAAACCUUGUCAAAAAUGGCUCACUUCUUCAGAUUCCAUAGUCAAUUCCUUGAAAGAUUCACUAAGCAAGAUAUUGGUCACAUUUUAUCCGCUAGCUGGUCGUUUACGCAGGAUUGGUCGAGGCCGGCUCGAGCUGGACUGCAAUGAUGCAGGGGUCGAGCUCAUUGAGGCAGAGUCCAAUGCUAAUCUUGAAGAUUUUGGUUAUUUUUCAUUGUCUUCGGAGUGUGAAUGCCUUGUGCCGGAGGUAGACUACAAUGUCUCUCUCGAAGAGCUUCCACUGUUGCUAAUUCAGCUCACUAAGUUCCAGUGUGGUGGCAUUAGCCUCUGCAUAUCAAUAUCACAUGUGGUCGCUGAUGGGCUUAGUAUGGGCCACUUCAUCUCUGAAUGGGCUAGAACUGCUCGUGGCGAGCAGCUGCAGAUGGCUCCGGUUUUCGAUCGACAAGCACUACGAGCUAACUGGCACUCUCCAGCCCUUGAUGGCUUUGAAUUGGAUCAUCAUCCGUCUCUGCAGAUCGCUCAAUCAAGCUAUGUAGAACAGCUCGAGAAGACCAGUGAUGCAAUGCUGAGACUGACCAAGGCCCAAGUGGAGAAGAUUCGGAACAGAGCCAAUGACGGUAAGAUGGGCCGGCCUUACAGUAGGUAUGAGGCCUUGACCGCUCACAUAUGGAGGUGUGUGUCCAAGGCCCGUGGGCUUAAGCCCGAUCAGCGGACUGCAGUUGGAGUUUGUGUUGAUUCACGUGGGCGUAUGCAGCCACAGCUACCGAUCGGUUACUUUGGGAAUGCCAUUGUUGAUGUUGCUGCAGUUAGUCGGUCUGGCGAGCUUGUUGAGGAGUCACUCGGAUAUGCCUGCCGCAUUAUACGCGAAGCAAUCGAAAAGGUGAAUAACAGGUAUCUGAGGUCAAUAGUUAAUUACUUGGAGAAGCAAGAGGACUUGACUAGUUUUCAAGAUCUAUACGCACUGGGUAGCAAUCAAGGGCCUCUUUACGGAUACCCUAAUAUUGGUGUGGUAAGCCUGUUGACAUUGCCUGUUUAUGGCAAGGACUUUGGAUUUGGAAAAGAGAUUUGUGUGAGACCAGGAUCUUAUGAUUUUGAUGGAGAUACUGUGAUUAUACCAAGUGCAGAAGGUGAUGGAUCUGUGAUUGUUGCUCUGUGUUUGCAAAGUGGUCACAUGGAUGCCUUUAAGAUGUAUUUUUAUCAAGAUAUGUUUUAAGAUAAUUAUGAAGGCGGCGGGCCCACACGUGACAAUGUGGGAAUGGAUAAGCCAUCGACUAAUAAACACAAGCCACGUCAGAUAAUAAAGCUAAUUCAUCUCCAGAUUUUAUUGAUUGAUAAUCGGUUAUCCGUUCACUUCUAUCAUUUUUUUUUAUCCACUGAUUAUUGUCUUUUCGAUUCUUGGCGAUUAAUAUUGCCCAAUGUAUACUCCGUUUGUUAUGCGGGAAAUGGCAUAGUUUCAGAAAAUGUUUAUUGUGGAAUACUUAUUGAUGGAAAAGGAAUGGAUUUUUAUGAUCAA